AUGAGCCCCGGGAGCUCUCCAGCCUCUCUUCCGGAAGACGCGCUCUCCUCCCGCAGGGAGGGGGGGGGGCGCCGGACGCCGGGACGGGCGGGGCUGAGCCGCAGCCAAGCCCACCGGCAGCCCGGACGUCCAGGGUCCCGCGCCCGGGGCCCGGCCCCAGCGCCUCCUCCGUGGCGCCCGCAGCUCCGGCGAGCUCAGAGCCCCCCCCCACGCCCCGCCCCGCCCCGCCCGCCCUCAGGCCCGGCCAAGCUGCCACCACGUGCAAAGCGCGGGCAGCAUGCUGAGCGGAAGGGCCCCGUGGAAGGCGUCCUUGGGUUCAAGGGUGACAUGCGGGUCCCACUGCCUGCCCAGUCUUACUUUGACCAUCUCCCAGAACACAGGGUGUGCCAAGGACUUCUGGGCCCCGGGAAUGCUCGGGCCACAGUGGGGCUCCACCAUCCUGUCAACCGCCCGCCCGAGGGGGUCUGGUCUGCUCUGCCGAUCACUCUCUAUGAGGGCAAGCACUUCACGGGGCGGAAGCUGGAGGUCUUUGGGGACUGUGACAACUUCCAGGACCGAGGCUUUAUGAACCGAGUGAACUCCAUUCGCGUGGAGAGUGGAGCCUGGGUUUGCUUCGAUCACCCUGACUUCCGGGGCCAGCAGUUCAUCUUGGAGCACGGCGACUACCCUGACUUCUUCCGCUGGAAUGGUCACAAUGAUCACAUGGGCUCCUGUCGGCCUGUGGGAAUGCACGGGGAGCACUUCCGCCUAGAAAUCUUCGAAGGCUGCAACUUCACAGGCCAGUGCCUGGAAUUCCUGGAGGACUGCCCCUUCCUCCAGAGUGGGGGUUGGGCCAAGAACUGCGUCAACGCCAUCAAGGUGUAUGGGGACGGAGCGUGGGUCCUGUACGAGGAGCCCAACUACCGUGGCCGCAUGUACGUGGUGGAGAGAGGCGACUUCCGCAGCUUCUCUGACUGGGAGGCCCACAGCGCCCGGGUGCAGUCGCUGCGCAGGGUGGUCAACUUCUUCUAACCUGGACCGCCCUGGGGACGGGAGAGGCUCCGGGGACAGGGGUCGCCCCUGGGGCCCUCACCCAGGCACUCGGACUGUGGACA